GGCAGUCCUUGUCAUACGGACUUAUAAUAAUAACAUGAGUUGUAUUUUGUUAAUUUACACUGUUGAAGUUGAGGUUGAAAUUUAAAAAAACUAACAACUUUUAAAGUACUGAAUAUUUCCUACAAUUUAAUUUAGGAAUUCCAAAUAUCUCCAUUUUAGCCAUGGCUGAUACAAGCAGUAAGGAGCAGUCCUCCACAAAGGUUCCAAUGAUAUACGUGUGUGGAGAAUGUCAUAAAGAAAAUGAAAUAAAGACCAAAGAUCCAAUCCGAUGCAGAGAAUGUGGAUACAGAAUAAUGUACAAGAAAAGAACAAAGAGAUUGGUGGUAUUCGAUGCUCGCUGAGACAGAAAAAUAAGGAUAAAACAAGAUUCUUUUUUACAUUUAUUUAAUAUCCUUAGAAUUAUAAAAUAUCCAUCCAUAAGUAUAAUGUAUAAUAAUCAAUAAAUGAGUAAAUAUUUGACAAGUUUGUAUUUUAUUUUUAUCCGAUAUAUACACAAUAUAAAAUUUCUUCAAGCAAAAUGAAAUAUUUACUAUAACAAUGUUGCCGCUUACACAACUUACAGUACAAAAACUUACAGUAGAAAAUUUACAACAUUACACACUCCCUAAAAGUUUCUUCUCGAGUGCAAUGGAUAAGAAACUUUUAAUUACAUUUUACUAUCUUACUGUAAAUUAAAUUGAAAUAUGCAGCUAUAUAAAUAUGUUCUAUUUACUUAAUGAAUAUCAAAUUUCAUGAUAAUUCAAUUAGGUAUAAAAAAGUUUUGAUUAUCACACAGAAUAUCUUCUUUAGGAUAUGAUAGUAUAUAGUAUACCAUAUUAAUUUAUGAAUGUGAAGCAAAAAAAUAGUUAAUGCCAGUUUAGAAUCCGGCAUUUGGCUAAUAGAUUUCCUUUACUUCACAAUCUCAAAGAAAAAGAAAUAUCAUUUACUGGGUUGUGAUCCUUGUUAAAUUAAUAUACACAGAAAGGAAUUUAUCAAAGUUGAUUUCUUCUCUAACCUUUAUUAGUUUCUUUUUUGUUAACCGUUGUAUGUAAUUUAUUAAUGCUAUUCGGAACUGAACUACUAUUGAUGUAAUAAGAUGAUGACGUAACGCGUUCCACUUGAAAAGAAUUUCUAUUGUAUAUAUUUAUCUAGUUGAAAUUUUUUUUUUCAAUCCGUAGUUAAAACUCUGGAAUUACCGUUUAAUUCCAUAAAUGUUGUCAACCCAUAUAGGGUACCGGAAUCUGAUGAAAUAGGGAAAUAAUAUAAUGUCACUUUAAUAAAUUAAAAUAUGGCAUUAGCAUCAUUGUAAGGCUUGUUUGGGGUUUUUAAGUUAAAAGUGGUUUUAAUAGGUACAAACUAAAGAAAACUUCCCCGAGACCUGAGUUUAACUCUCAAUCUCGAUUUAUUAUUAUUUAUUUUAUUUAAAAAAAAAACCAUGAGGCCUUUUACUAAAAGAAUAAAAAUAAAGCCGCCCAAAACAAGGCGUCAUCAACUAAAAAUACUAUUUUCAGGCCAUUAUAUUCGUUAAUACAUAAAUCCUCCCACAAUUCAAAUCAAAUUUUGCCGACAAACUAUAUAAAAACAAGAUAUAUUCUGCUGCGGCAAUAAAAUAUUGUCGUUUUGUACAGUUAUUGUUGUACUCAAAUAUCAUCGUAUGUUUUAAGUUUUAGAAUUGAAGUGACUUUACUAUCUGGCAUAAUUUCCUAACUCAUUUUUCAUUUUCACUCGUUACGUAAUGGUUUUUUCCAUCCAAUUUAUAGUUUUUAUAUUUUUGAGAAAUAUUAUUUUACUAAUGAUUCACUUUUCAAUUCGAACCCUUCUUAAUAUCUAUCUUUUUCGAAAUAGGAUUGUACCAAGAAGUAUGUGUGUCGUACUCGGAUAUUAAUUCACUAACAGUCAUACGGAAACUCCUUUAAUCCAUUUAAAAAUGUAGGAGAAUUGUGAAGAUUUUAGUGCCAUGAAUUUAAUUAUUUAUAAACUGAUAAAUGAACAUUUUGUCAUAUCAAAAAGUUGAUAAUAAACUUUCAAAAUUACGUGUCAACAAUGCUGUUAAUUUUUAUUAUUAAGAAGCAUGCACAUAAAUAAAUUAUUUAUUUAGGUAACUGUAAUAAUACGAUAUAUUUUUAUCUACAUCACGUAUAAAAAAUAUUUUAUGAAUUUUAAAUGAUGCCUUGACACGUAUGAUCCCUUCACACUAUAAGGGUAAGAACCCUAAUUAAAGAUCCUGCACCUAAUGUAUUUCAAUAUUUUAUUUGUAUAAAUAUAUACAAUCCAGUUAGUGUUAGGCUCUCAAAAUACCUAAAAUUACAUUAUAAAUAACUAAUAAGUAUAAAAAUGUAGGUAUAGGUACUUAUUUCAUAAAAUAAACAUUUCCAAUUACGUAUAUAAUAAGUAGGUAAAGUAGCUUAACCAUAAUGAUAUAAUUUCAGUUCUGUCAUAAAAACAGACAAUAACUAGUAGAUUUUGCGGAAAAUAUACACACACACGACUAUACAUUAAAUAAUUCAACAGUUGUUUUAAUAUUAUAACAAGAUAAAGCGACAAUAUUUCACUUUGAGAUUAACCACACAAAAAACAGUUAUCUCUGAUUGUUUGUUAAUGAAAAUGGAAAUCAUUUUUAUACUCAUACUCGUCAAAUAUUCACCCAAAUGAAGAGUAAUUAGUAUUACAAAGAAAUACCUAGCACAAGAACUAUUUUUGAUAUGGAAGACUCUUCAAGGAUUUUAUGCUUUAUGUACAUCUAAAUUUUGUUUAUGGAAGUUGAUAUGCCAAUCAUUUUAAAGAUAAAGGAUUUUGGAAGUAGAUAUUGUACAGUAGUACAUUGUGGUAUAUAUUUUAUAAAAAUACAUACAUAAAACGUAGUUAUGGCCUUAUCAAGAUAAACUUGACUAAUUUUAUAGAGUUGUAAUUAAUAUGUAUCAUUGAUAUUUUAAAUGUAGUUCACCUGGAACAUGGACCACUUAGGGAAGUUUAAAAGUGUAUUUAAGAUUCUCCUUUUCUCAAAUCGAGUUCAUGAAUAUUUUCUAAUAUUUUUUUUGUUAUAAAUCCUAAUAAUAGUAACAAAUUAUGUAAGCCUUACAUUGGAAGCAAAUUUAACAAUAUUUAAAUUACUUCAUCAUGAGAUAUUUACAAAACACAGCAAUUACAUAGAAACAAAAUACAAAUAUGUUUAUAAUUAAAGCGCAUUAUUUUGUUUUCACACGUCUGAGUCAAACCCCAGUAUGAAUAAUUACA